UAAAAGCUGCUUCCUGUUUGGGCAUCUGUCCGCCGCGGGUCUGGUUUUGAGCUGCUGCGGUCCCGGACUGAGCUCCUUGGGAGCAGACAACUGUCCUCACUGGCACAGAGGGGGAGCGCUCAGUAAAUUCUUGCUGGACGAAUAAACGACUAGAUAAGAUAAGGCAACUCCAGCCCCUGGAAGGCCAGAGACUUGCCAGUGUCCCACUAGCGGGCUCUUUACAAGAAUCUCCCUGGGCCCGCCGCAGCCAGGUGGCGGACUGAAGAGCGCGCUGCUGGGGCAUGGCGGAGGAGCGGCCAGGGGCCUGGUUCGGCUUCGGUUUUUGCGGCUUCGGGCAGGAGCUGGGCUCCGGACGCGGGCACCAGGUGCACAGCCCUAGUCCUCUGCGGGCGGGCGUCGACGUCUGCCGCGUGAGCGCGAGCUGGAGCUACACCGCCUUCGUGACUCGUGGAGGCCGCGUGGAGCUGUCGGGCUCAGCCAGCGGCGCGGCGGGCGGCUGCAGGGACGCGUGGGCCUCAGAGGGGCUCCUCCUGGUGCUGCGCGCUGGGCCGGGGCCGGAGGCGUUACUGCAGGCCUGGGCGCCCGACUCGGCGCUGCGUGGGGAGCCCUUGUGGGCCCACAAUGUGGUGCCCGAGGCCGUAGAGGAAGACGAUCCGGGCGGUGAGGCCCAGACUGGGAGGCUACCCCUGUUGCCCUGCGCCCGUGCCUACGUGAGCCCGCGGCCUCCCUUCUACCGGCCUCUGGCUCCGGAGCUGCGGGCGCGCCAGCUGGAGCUGGGCGCCGAGCACGCGUUGCUGCUAGACGCGGCUGGUCAGGUGUUCUCCUGGGGCGGGGGCAGGCAUGGACAGCUGGGCCACGGGACCCUGGAGGCAGAGCUGGAGCCACGGCUAUUGGAGGCGUUGCAGGGCCUAACCAUGGCUGAGGUGGCCGCGGGGGGCUGGCAUUCUGUGUGUGUGAGUGAGACUGGGGAUAUUUAUAUCUGGGGCUGGAAUGAAUCGGGGCAGCUGGCCCUGCCCACCAGGAACCUGGCAGAGGAUGGAGAGACUGUCGCAAGGGAAGCCACAGGACUGAAUGAAGAUGGUUCUCAGGUGAAGAGAACGGGCCGGGUUGAGGAUGGAGCCCCUGCCCCCUUCAUAGCUGUCCAGCCCUUCCCAGCAUUACUGGAUCUCCCCUUGGGCUCAGAUGCAGUCAAGGUCAGCUGUGGAUCCCGGCACACAGCUGUGGUGACACGAACAGGGGAGCUCUACACCUGGGGCUGGGGUAAAUAUGGACAGCUGGGCCACGAGGACACCACCAGCUUGGAUUGGCCCCGCCGUGUGGAAUACUUUGUAGAUAAGCAACUCCAAGUAAAGGCUGUCACCUGUGGGCCCUGGAACACCUACGUGUAUGCUGUGGAGAAAGGGAAGAGCUGACGUGUGUAUGUAUAUGUGUAUACAACACCUGUGAAACCCCCCAUUCAGGUCAAGGAAAACCAUUGCCUGCACCCCAAGGGCCCUGUAUUUGCCCCUUCCCAUCACAGUUCUGCCUUUCACCCUCAAGCACCAUCCUAAAAUUGUCUGCACUUUAGAAACACCUGGAGAAAGUUGAAAACUCUGCUGCCUAAGAUCAGCAUCAAUGAAACAAUGAAAUCAAUGAAACAAUGAAAUCAGAGCCUCUGAGUGUGUGGCCUAGAUACUGGUAGAUUCAAAGCUCCGCCCACCUCACCCCAGGUAAUUUGAUGUGUAGCUGAGAUUGGGGCACAUUCCAGGUCAUCUUCCUUUGUCAGUCACUUUCCUGCUUUCGUUUGAAUUUUCCCAGCCUUGCAUGCAUCCUUAUACAACAUAGUUGUGUUUGCUUUUGAGUAUUAGAUAAAUGGAAUCCUGUAUAUGCGCUUUUGUGUCGUUUUUGUCACUCAGCAUUGUGUGAUCCAUCCUUGUUGGGUCCUGGAGUUCUUUCAUUUUUAAUGCUAUAUGGUGUUCCGUUGUAUGAAUAAUACCUCAAGUGAUACGGUUUUGUUGAUGGUCAUUUUGUUUCUGAUUUUGGUCAUUCCACAUAAUACUUUUGAGCAGUCUUCUGCACACGUGCACAGGUUCCUUUGCAGAACAUUGAGUUGAAUUGCUAAGUCAAGGGAUACCUUUAAUUUUACUAGAUAACUGUUUUCCACCAGCAGGGUGGUGUUUACUGUGGCUGAAAUGUCAGGUAGAUGCACACUGGUUUUAAUUUGCAUUUCCCUGAAUACUGAUGAGGUUGAGUAGCUUUUCAUUUGUGUAUUGGAUGGCUGGCAUGGUGGCUCACACCUGUAGUCCCAGCACUUUGGGAGGCUAAGUGGGGUGAUUGCUUGAGGUGAAGAGUUCAUAUGUUUCUUGGCCAUUUGUAGUUUUUCUGUUGUGAAGUGCCUGUUCAAGUUUUCUGGCCUUUCAAAAUGUUCUGUAUUUUCCUUAGUGAUUUUUCUUUUGGCUAUUUCAGAUCCAAGUCUUUUGAGAGUUAGUAUUCAGAGUAUCUACUGCUACCGUGUAGUUUGUUGUUUCAAUACCAGUCUCUCCUGGUAUUACCAAUUUUUGUUUGAUACUUAGGUGAUGCUUACUCCAUGCCAGGUAAGGGUCAAAGUGCUUUACAAGUAUUAACUUAUUUUGAUAAAGUAAGUUUAACAUCAGUAGUUUUCUUUAUGGUUAAAUUGUAUUUCUGCAUGUGUGUGUCUGUGGUUUAGCAAAUGUUUCCCACCCAUGGAGUCUUUAAGUUUUUUUUUUUUUUCUCUUUUUUAUUGUGGUAAAAUAUACUGAACAUAAAAUGUAUGUUCAAUAAAAGAGAAAAAUUUUUUUAACCA